GUGACCAGUUGACUUGUGAAAAAGAACUUUUGGUCUAAAAUUAAUUCAUGAAAAGGGCAAAAGAUUUCAUAUGGUGGGAGGAGCAAGGCUGUUUGAUGGGUAUAACUAUUAGUUACUGUUAAAUACAGACACAACAUGGGAGAAGUUAUAAAAAGACAGUGUGCAUGGGGCUAUAAAUCUCACACUGUUCUUAAUUUGUCAAGGGAGACCUAAAGAAAAUAUGUGUAGUCUUGUACAUGCCAAAAUGAUGGGUGAUUACUUGUCUGUUUGGUAAAUUGGAUUUGUGAAAUUCUCUUGAAAGGACUUGGCUUAUGCCAAGGAAAUGCCAAAUUGAAGUGACAAGAUUAUUAUUUAAGGUCUGACGACAGUGUAGAAAGGAAUAAGCUGGUACACGCAGUAUAUCUGUACUGUUCUGUCAUAAGUAGCUUAUACAAAUUACUGUUACAGAAACGGACAUGUUUUACAUGGCAUAUCUGACAGGAAUGAUAACUAAGAGGUCGCACUGACCCAAACAGCCAGGAAAACAGAUUGAAAACAAUUUCAGCAGAAAGUGACGAUUGGAAGUGGGUUUUCAUGAAGUGAAGACAAAUUGAGCGUCUGAUGAUUAAUUUCAUCCUCGGGACACCAGUGAUAUUGGAAAGGUUGACAACAGAUGAACAGUUCAGUACAUUGAACAGAAACAUAUUCCACAAGACUGAGAAAAAUUUAAUUGUAAAGUACAUCUUCAUUCAUUGAGACCAAUCUGUCAUUUCUGUCUUCAACAUUUAAAAGAAGUUGGUAGGACAAAGACCAUAAAGAUUAAUAUUCACAACUUUUUUGGCAACUUCAGCAACCAAAAUGAUCAAGAGAGAUCUUUACUGAGAAAACAUUGCUGAAGCUGGUUAUCUUUUUUUCUUCUGGAACGAUUGACCUCAUCAAGAUUGACCGCAAAAGGACACUUUGAUAAGAGAACUAUCGAUCUCUGACCAUCCAUCUUGCCUGUUGAAGAUUCUGCACAGGAAGAAACGUACAUUGAAAACAGUUGGCUCAGUUUAUGUUAACUGAUCAAAGGUGUUGACAUUGCCAUUGAUUUCAUGUAUCAUUUUGUGGGCUAUUUUCCAAGAGAUCGCCCAGCGUUAUUAUGUAAGUUUUAAGCUGACAACACCGACUGCAUGCAGGUAAAUUGCAAGAAAAACAAACUGUCCAUUCCUAGUGUUGUAGACUACGUCAGAAGGAUGGUUCUUAUACAUUCGAAUUCAAAGCUGAUCAACUUCCCAAUUUCUACUAAUAAGUACAGUUUAUAUACACACUGAUAGGGCUUUUGGGUAAUCAGAAUCUGAAGAUGCUUCCACCAAUUGAUCAGCUGUGUUUUCAUUUGAGGAUUCAGUGAGGUUGUGGAUUCCAUUUAGUUUGCCAUACUCCCUUUAACUUGCUGGAACUAGUACACCUGAUGACACAGUCAAAGAAGACUUGACCUAGAGGGCAUUUUAGGAAAGAAAUCAGCAGUACAUUUUGCUCAUUUAAAAUCCUUUAUAAAAGGGAAAAAAUCAUCAACAGGAACAGUGUUUUAAAUUCUCUUUUAUUUGGAAGAUUUUCUUCAUCAACAGAAUGGGAACAACAGCAGAUGAUUUUAUUUUGCGCAUUUUUGAACAGAAGUAUGGGCUAACUAGCACACAAAUCCCAGAUGACAAUACCGACUACAUGACACUUUUAGAAGAAAAAAACAUGACCUUUGGCCUGAUUGAUAACAAUUAUUGGAAGAACUGGUCGGUACCUCCAUACGCGGAAGACAGUGAAAUACAAUUCACACAUGCUCUUGUGACAUUCUACUUAUUAGGCGUCUGCGGGAUGAUUGUUUGUGUCCUCGGGAUCAUUGCAAACAUAAUGUCUGCCAUUGUGCUAACCCGAAAAAGCAUGAAAUCAUCAACAUAUACGUACUUGGCUGCUUUGUCGGCCUGUGACGCCUUGGUGUUACUUAUGACCAUGAUCUUGUUCUCAAAGGAUACAAAAAUCCCAGAAAGGGAGCGAGAAUUUUAUGGGCCAAGUUAUAGUGUAUACUAUGCGUACCUGUUCCCUUAUGUGCACCCACUUGCUAUUAUGUUUCAAGUGACUUCGGUAUGGCUGACAUUAGCUUUUACUGUAGAUCGGUACAUAAUGAUUUGCCAUCCAUUUAAAGCUGAGAAAUAUUGCUCAAAAUCAAGAGCAAGGAAGGUUGUGUGUGGAAUUUCUGUGCUAGGAGUACUUUUCAAUCUGGUGAGAUUCUUCGAAUAUGAGACAAAUGAAAUUGAGUUUUUGGGAACAAAAACUGUGUACCAGUUAACUAAACUGGGAAAUGAUUACGUUUUCCGAGAGAUUGUCCACUCAUGGCUUUACCUUGUGUUUGUCUGCGGAGUUCCAUUCUUGGCAUUGGCUGUUUUGAACGCUUUUCUUAUCCACGCUGUUCGACAAUCUCGAAAACUUGCCCGAGAGCUCAAUCCACAGGAAAAAUACCAAAACAAUACUACAGUAAUGCUGAUAGGUGUGGUUAUGGUAUUUUUCAUAUGCCAAGUGCCAGCCUUGAUAGCAAGAGAAAUCUGGGCCUUUGAUAUUAAUGCUUCUUUUUCAACAGCGGUAUUUAUUUAUAAUGAGGUGGGGAAUUUUUUGGUGGCAUUAAAUUCCGCCAUCAACAUUGUUCCAUAUUACUUCUUUGGCAAGAAGUUCCGCAGAGAGUUACUGACAACUUUCUUCAGGCCUUGUAUUGACAAGGAGACUUUGUGCGCACUGUCGCAUGCGGACAGCACCAUGCGAACACAUCGCAGAGAAAGUAACAUGUCGUCUACGAGCACAAGACAGUGGCAAAGUCAAGGUCAUACAACAUACACAGAGUGCCCUUUUAGUGAAGAACGCACAGCAAAUGGAGUCACCAUGGCAUUGCUUCCCUUAAAAAACAGACCAGGCGAGACAGCCGAGUCAAGUAAUAAUAACUAUGCACAUAAUGGAAAAUCCCAAAAACUUCUGCUGAAAACCGAUGACAACUCCCCCAUUGUGGAUUUAUAAUACAAACUUAGCAUUUGGGAUUUUACAUCAAAGGCAAUCAUUGAUAGAUCACAGGUUGACUCAUAAUCUUAACAAUGAUUUGCCAAUUAAUAACAUUAUAUGGUAUUUAAUAGUUUUAAUCUGUUUUAAUUUUUCGUGCACAUUGAAAAAAAUCCACAUGUAAAUAUAGU